GGAUUACAAAUAAAAAUUUCACUCUAUUUUUUUUCUCGAUUUGAUUUGAUUUGAUUUGAUCCAAACACAAAAUGUUGGCCAUAAUCAUUAUUUUGUAUCCAUUGUUAAUGACAAUUGUCGAUACUGCUCAUGUUCGAAAAGAACAAUGUUCAACAUCCGUUUGUCAACAAUCGGCUCAUUUUAUGUCGAAUGCAUUAGAUAGGCAAGUAUCACCUUGUGAUGAUUUUUAUCAAUUUGCUUGUGGUGGUUGGUUACAACGAAAUGAACAAAUUCCAUCAACAAAACCAUUGUAUAGUGUUGCCAUACAAGCACAAGAUGAUAUGAUUAACAUAAUUCGUUCAUUAUUGGAAAAUAAUCAUACAAUACAACAACAUUCCAGCCAUACAAUACGUUUGGCUAAAUUUCUUUAUGAUCAAUGUUUAUCGAUCGAUAAUCAAACAACAAACGAUCAAAGUCAUUUAGUUGAAUCAUUAUUUACCGUUCAUAAUGACGAUGAUAAUGAUGAAACAUGGUGGAAUAUUUAUCAAUCAAAUUGGGCUGCUAUUCAUACUUUAUUUCGUAUCGGUGUUGUUACUAAUCCUCGUAAUACAAGCCAACGGAUUUUGGCCAUGGGUACGGUAUCAUUUGCAUUGGACGAUAUAGUUGAUGAUGAUGAUAAGGAUGAAAAGAAUGAAAAUCGUUACAUAAUAGAUGAAUAUGAAAAUUUUUUACGAAAAAUUUCAACAUUAAUUCCAUAUUUUCGUCAACAAAAUGAUUUACAAAUUACAAAACAAAUUAAUGAAACGAUUAAUUUACAAUUGAAAUUGGCGAAAAUGAAAAUGUCCAAUUUGGAUUAUCAAAAUCUAUCGAAAAUCAUAAACAUUAUGAAUAUUGAUGAAUUUGAAAAGCAAACAAAUUUUCAAUGGUUAAAUCGAAUUAUUCGACCAACAUUUCGAAUGUUUAAUGUUUCUGAUUCGGAAAUUUCUGGUGAAAAUUUAAUUCUCAUUACUGAUGUCGGGUAUUUUCGAAAGUUUAUCGGUUUAAUCGAAACAAUUCCAAACAAACAAAUUCGUACAUUUUUAGAUUUGGACAUUGCACAAAUGAUAACACCAUAUCUUGGUGAACAAUAUCGUCGUUAUAUGUUUGAGUUUUUGAAAUCCAGUUCUGGUGUACAAAAAACACCGAACAGAUGGCGUACCUGUUAUAGUCAAAUAGAAAAAACAUUACCAUGGGCCUUAUCUCGUUUGUAUGUUGAUGAAAAACAAUUCGAUUCAGAAGAUCUAAUAAAAGCAACCAAACUUGUUGAUUCAAUUCAUGAAACAUUCAUAUCGAUGAUUACUAAUCAACAAUCAUGGAUUGAUGAUAAUGUUCGACAAUUAUCAUUACAAAAAUUAAAUCAUAUAAAGAAAAAUAUUGCCUUUCCACAAUGGCUACUUGAUGAUCGACAUUUAGAUCAAAUUUAUCAUCUUGAAAAUUAUAAUAAUGAUCAUAAUUCAUUAAAUGAUUAUAUACCGACAAUAAUAAAUUUCGAAUGGAUUCAAAUGCAAGCUAAUUUAUUAUUAUUGAAUAAUGAUGACAAUUUACCAGAUUUUGAUGAUAUUGAGGGCUGGGCAAUGGAACCUUCCAAAAUAAAUGCAGCAUAUGCACCUUUUGCUAAUACAAUCACAAUACCUGCCGCUCUUUUAACACCACCAUUUUAUGAUUCAACACUUCCUUUAAGUAUGAAUUAUGGUGCUAUUGGUUCGAUUAUUGGUCAUGAAUUAACACAUAGUCUUGAUAAUGAUGGUCUUCGUUUUGAUCAUAAUGGUAAUUAUCAUUUGAAAGCAUUAUAUGAUGAAAAUAUAUGGUUGUCGGAUGAUAUGUUGCAUAGUUUUAAUAAACAAUCUGAAUGUCUUGUUGAACAAUAUUCAAACAUUCAAGAACCAUGGACAGGAUUAAAGCUUGAUGGUAACAAUACAUUGGGUGAAAAUAUUGCCGAUAAUGGUGGUCUACGACAAGCAUUCUAUGCAUUUCGUAAUCAAACAUAUCAACAUCCACAACAAGCUAAUCAAAUAUUGGCUGAUCUUGAUGAUUUUGAUCCGGAACAAUUAUUCUUUUUAGCUAAUGCUCAAAUAUGGUGUACCAAAUAUCGUCGACAAUCAUUAUCAUCAAUUAUUGAUUAUGAUCCACAUGUACCGGCCAGAUAUCGUGUUAAUAUUCCGGCAUCAAAUUUACCCGAAUUUGCUGAUGCAUUCGAUUGUCCAUCCGGUUCACCUAUGAAUCCAAAUCGAAAAUGUAUUUUAUGGUAGAAAAAUUCACAAUCAGUUUUUUUUUAUUCAUUCAUUUUUUUCGAUUUAUUUAA